GUGGCAGCUAAGUCACUUCCAUCUUCAUAACUGAUUUCUCUUGCAGCUUGAGAGAGAGAGAGAGAGAGAGAGAGAGAGAGAGAGAGGGAGAGGGAGAGAGAGGGGGGGAGAGAAAGAGAGACUGAUUCAAAUAUGGCGACUUUGAACCUCUUAUCUCAGCCAUGGCAGCCUACACUUUCGCCUUCUUUCUGUCACUAUAAUUCCAAUUCCAACGAUCAUGGCUAUUACUCUAAUCAUUCUAAAUUUUUUUAUUCUUCUAAUUCUCGCUACUCUUCUCUCCUGCAUUCUUCCCUCUCCUCGCCCGCCCAAUCUUACUGUUCCAAGUUCUCUAAAAUGCCAACCCACUCCACCAAAUCAGGCAGUGGGAGUUCAUGGUUUCAGCAUAAUUUCACCCCACGUAGUGCUGUUACCAGCAAUGAGUAUACAGAGGGUCCUUUGUAUUCUGCAUUCCCCACAAAACCUGCUGAAGUUUCAGCUGUACAGGACCUUUAUGAUUUCAUAUGCUCUGGACCUUUGAUGGACAAAGCAGGUCUGACACCGGAGAAGGUGGCUGAGUCCAUUGAUAAGUGGUUAAUGCAUGGUCGGCGGCUAUGCCAAUUGUUUCAACUCAAUGAAUUAUACCUAACUGUCCCUCAAAAGGCCAGACUCUAUCAUUACUACAUACCAGUCUUUCUCUGGUGUGAAGACCAAAUCGCUGAGCAUCAAUCAAAGUUCAACGAUGGAGAAGAUAUAACUCCUUUAGUGAUUGGAUUUAGUGCUCCCCAGGGAUGUGGAAAAACAACUCUGGUUUUUGCUCUUGAUUAUCUUUUUCGAUCAAUUGGCAGGAAGUCUGCAACAAUAUCUAUAGAUGAUUUUUAUUUGACGCAUGAAGGUCAGAGUAAGCUAAGAGAAUCAAAUCCAGGAAAUGCACUUCUUGAGUUUCGUGGAAAUGCUGGAAGCCAUGAUCUUGAUUUCUCAGUUGAAACUCUGACUUCCUUAACCAAUUUGAAAACAGAAGGUUCGAAGAUGAAAUUACCUCGAUAUGACAAAUCAGCAUUCAAUGGAAGAGGUGACCGUUCUGAUCCUUCAACCUGGCCUGAAAUUGAAGGGCCACUGACGGUUGUGCUGUUCGAAGGCUGGAUGCUUGGUUUCAAGCCCCUUCCGGCAGAAGUUGUAAAGGCUGUUGAUCCUCAGCUUGAAAUUGUAAAUAAAAACCUUGAAGCUUACUAUGAUGCAUGGGACAAAUUCAUAAAUUCAUGGAUAGUCAUCAAGAUAAAGGACCCAAGUUGUGUCUACCAUUGGCGUCUGCAGGCUGAGAUUGCCAUGAGGGAGGCCGGCAACCCUGGAAUGUCUGAUGAAGAGGUGAGGGAUUUUGUUUCUCGAUACUUGCCGGCAUACCAUGCUUACCUUCCUACGUUGUACGCGGAGGGACCAAAUGGGUCAGACCCGCAGCAUCUCCUUACCAUUGAAAUUGAUGAAGGGAGAAACCCCAUUCUUGGCGUCUAGGUAACCUUUUGUGGCAGAUCAUUGAGGGAUUAGUUUCUGGGAAAUUUACAAAGAAGUUCCAGGAAAGGUAAUUAAUUACCAAUAGGUUUUUUGAAAUUGAGUUAUUACUAUUAGGUCUCGCUGAAGAACUUGUGUUAGAAAAAACACAUAGGGUAAGUUGUAGAUUUCUUGGUAUAACUUGCAAAUAUUAGAGGAGGACUUGGGGCAAAUUUUUUUUUCAUCUUAUGGUGAUUUAUAAGUCCUCCAAUAUUUCCAAUUCAUCCUGUGUGUUUUUGCACAAGUCCUUCAAGGGACUUAUUAGUAAGAAUUUGUGCAAAAAAACACGGGAUAUAUUGUAAAAUUUUCAGUUUGACUCACAAAUAUUAGAGUAGGACUUGCGGAAUUUGUUUUCAUCCUGUGGUGAUUUACAAGGUAAACUGAGGGAAUUUACAGCUUAUUCAGUACGCUCUUCGUACAAGUUCUUCAAAGGAUCUAUUAGUUAUAACUCAAUUUCAAGGGACCUAUGGUGAUCAAUUUUCUUACCUGGGAGCUCUUUGUAAUUUUCGCAUAGAUUUUCAAUUCUUAGAGAGAAUUGGCGUAUCUUUACGGCUUUAGUUGGUUUCAUCAACAGAGAUGAAUCUGUGUAUGUUACUAUAUUUUUUUUUAUAUGUACAGAGUAUAUUGGUUUUCAUAAAUCAAUAUCAAUAUCAUUAAUAUCUAAAUAAAAUGUAAAUCUUAAAGUAA